GGACUCGAGUCGUUACCAUAAAUUCUGAGUUCAUUCACUUCAUUUGAUCUGACAUUGCUCAAGGUCUCUUCGAGCGAACAAGUGGCUCAUUACCAUCGAUAUUCGCUGCUUGACUUGAAUUGACUAGUUUGACUUAUAUACCAUGUCUCAUGGGAAGCAGUUCACGCUUUAUAGUAUCAUUGGUGGCACAAAUGGAACAAAGGUGACCUACCUGCUCGAAGAGCUUGGACUAACUUACGAUACCAUCUAUCUGGACUACCGAAAAGAUGAGCAAAAGUCUCCUGACCAUAUCAAGCUCAAUCCCAAUGGGCGAAUUCCUACGAUCAUUGAUCAUCAAAACUCGGAUUUCUCGUUAUGGGAAAGUAAUGCAAUACUCCAAUACUUAGUAGAUAAAUACGACAAGGAAGACAAGUUCUCAGUGACGAAACCAGAAGAUAAGCACAUACAAUCACAAUGGCUAUACUUCCAAGCUUCUGGACAGGGCCCUUACUUUGGUCAAUUAGGAUGGUUCAAGCUCUAUCACCCUGAAAAGUUUGAUUCUGCUAUCGAACGCUAUGAAAAGGAAGUCAAGCGAGUGUUUGGUGUCUUGGAAAGUGUUCUGAGCAAACAGGAUUGGUUGGUCGGUGGUAAAUACACUAUCGCAGACUUGUCCUUCCUUGCUUGGCACAACAUGGCUGUGAAGUUUCUACUUGACAACUAUGAUUGUGCAAAGGAAUAUCCCUCACUCGACAAGUGGGCGAAGAGAAUGGAUGAGCGACCAGCAAUUAAGAAGGUCAAUGCGCAUCUGGAAGCUCUCAAAAAAGCUCAGGAUUCAAAGGAAGGCUAGGUAACAGAACAUGGCCGGUGAUUGACCAAAUAUACUGGGAGAGAAUGGCUUUUAUACCUCCUCUGAAUUCAUUCCACUUUUGGUUUCAAGAGGCAAUGUUGAGUGCAAAGAUUUUGAUUAGUUGAGAUUUUAAUG